AUGAAAGAAGACUCUGAAAUUGCAGUGGGAAUUCUUCAAACCCAAUUACAAGAGCUAAAUGAGAAGAUGGUAGCCUUGUGUAAUGAUCAAGAGUUCUGUAAGGCCAGAGAACAGAAUCUGAGUAGUCAAGUAGAUUCUCUUGAACUUGAGAAGAUUCAGUUGCUACAGGACCUUGAUGAAGCCAAAAAUAAUUAUAUUACUUUGCAGUCUUCUGUGAAUGGCCUCAGGCAAGAGGUUGAAGCUGGCAAACAGAAAUUAGAGAAGAAGGAUGAAGAGGUCAGGAGGCUAAAACACCAACUGCAAGAUGAAGAGCACCUUGUCUCUAAACUGUCCCAGCUGGAGGGAGAGCAGCAACUUUGGCAGAAGCAGAAACUAGAACUGGGAAAUCUGACAGUGGAAUUGGAGCAGAAGGUCCAAGUGCUGGAAUCCAAAAAUGACACUUUGCAGAACACCUUUGAAGCCCUGCAGAACUCUUAUAAGGAUGUAGAGAAUGAACUAGAAUUGACGAAAGUGGAAAAAAUGUCCUUGGCUGAAAAAGUUAACACGAUGACUAAGAAGGAAACUGAGCUACAGAGGGAGAUACACAGGAUGGUACAGAAAGCGACAGAGCUGAAAGAAGAACUUAGUGGAGAGAAAAAUAGGUUAACUGAAGAAUUAAAAGUGCUGUCAGAGGAACUGAAGAGCAGCAAAAUGGACCAUCUUAAGUCCAUAAAUCAGCUGAAGAAGGAAAAUGAGCGUGCCCAGGGGAAAAUAAAGUUGUUGCUGAAAUCCUGCAAACAGCUGGAAGAAGAAAAGAAAAUGUUGCAGAAAGAACUCUCUCAGCUCGAAGCUACACAGAAGCAGAAAACAGGCACUGUUGUGGAUGCUAACGUAAAAGAAUUACAGACGGAGAUCAAAGAGCUGAAAGAAACACUUGAAGAAAAAACCAAGGAGGCAGAAGAAUACUUGGAGAAGUAUUGUUCCCUGCUUAUAAGCCAUGAAAAGUUAGAGAACGCGAAAGAGAUGUUAGAAACGCAAGUUGCUUAUCUGAGUUCCAAGCAAUCCAAACAUGAUCUCCGAAGCUCUCCUUUGCAAAACUCAGUUGUUCCAGGAUCAUCUCCAGUUCCUUCGGCUGCUGAGAAGCGGUCAUCAGCUGGCCAAAAUAAAACUUCUGGCAAGAGGCAGAGGUCUGGUGGGGUAUGGGACAGUGGAGGAGGGUCAACACCUUCCACUCCAGAGACAUUUUCUAAAAAGAGUAAGAAAGCUGUCAAAAGUGGUUUUCACUCUGCUGGUGACAAGGAAGAUACUGAGUUUGAGCCAGAGGGACUUCCAGAAGUUGUAAAGAAAGGGUUUGCUGACAUCCCUACAGGAAAGACUAGCCCAUAUGUCCUAAGGAGAACAACCAUGGUGACCAGGACCAGCCCCCGCCUUGCUGCACAGAAGCUAGCCCUGUCCCCGCUAAAUCUGGGCAAAGAAAAUCCUGCAGAGUCCUCCAAACCAACAGCUGGUGGCAGCAUAUCACAAAAGGUCAAGGUUGUGCAGCAGCGUCCAGUGGAUUCAGGCACUGCCCUGGGAGAGCCCACCAUGAAGUCACUCUCAGUCAAUAACCUAACUGAGCGAAGCUUAGCGGACAGCCCCAGAGAGGGCCUGAGAGCCAAGCGGGGCCGCCUUGCCCCCAGCCCCGAUACUGGACUUGAGCCCAAGGGCAAUGAAAACUGCAGGGUCCAGUGA